GCAUGUCCCACGCUGCGAGGCUCAGCUGCUAUCCGGCAUCCGAUUGGAUAUACCGCACCGCGGGCUUACGUGCCUCUCGCGAUUUAAUUUCUAGGGGGUAGGGACAAGGGAGUCGUGACUUGGGAGAGCGUCCACUGCCAUCGAAGUACAAGGAAACGGAUAGUGUUGGCUCUCGCUUCUCGUAGAAUUUUUCCUUUGGGAGGUUAAAUCAUGGCACGUACAAAGCAGACCGCCCGUAAGUCGACCGGAGGUAAAGCACCUCGUAAACAGCUAGCCACUAAGGCAGCUCGUAAGAGUGCACCGUCCACGGGCGGUGUAAAAAAGCCACAUCGGUACAGACCCGGUACAGUCGCUCUUCGAGAAAUCAGAAGAUAUCAGAAAUCUACUGAGUUGUUGAUCAGAAAGUUACCUUUCCAGCGAUUAGUUCGUGAAAUCGCGCAAGAUUUCAAAACCGAUCUGCGUUUCCAAAGCGCGGCUAUCGGAGCAUUACAGGAAGCUUCCGAAGCAUAUCUGGUCGGUUUAUUCGAAGACACCAACUUGUGCGCUAUCCACGCCAAACGCGUUACAAUCAUGCCCAAGGAUAUUCAACUGGCCCGGCGAAUCCGUGGCGAGCGUGCUUAAAUAAUAUCUAACUCCCAUACAUACCAUUUAAUACUACUAUUAUUAUUAUUAUCAUUCGUAACGAUCGUGGAUGUAGCAUUUUCAUUCCAGACUACAUAUUAUGUUGUACUCCACAAAAGUGUACAUGUUGUAACAUGUUCAUCCUUUACAGUAGAUACAUAGAAUUUCAGAGCUCCGACGAAUCAACCCGAAAUGUCAAUCAAUUCUUAGAAUAACGUUAAUAUUCAUUUUUUCGUCAUCAUUUUGUAUAAACACGAAGACUGUAACUUUUCAAAAAUUACCAGUUAUGAAUGAUCUUUUGCUUUUUAGUUUAAUUUACAUUUUCUAUCGUCCUGUAUUCUUUUUGCAACAUAAACGUACGAGCUCAUAAUUUUGGUAAGAAAAAAAAAAUCAAAACAAAAAACAAAAAAAUUGUUAUUAAAUUCUCUCGAAAGUACUUUUAAGAAUACAAAAAAACGACAGCUUUAGUUUUCCGUUGGAACCCUAUUAUAUUUGUCAUUAUUGCAAUAUAUGAAACCAUCAUUAUCAUUAUUGGUAUACUUACGUAGCAAAAAUGUGCAUUAGCAGAUAAGACAGUUUCUUUAUAGGAACCCAAUGUAGUGUUGUUUAUUAUACUAGGAUUCUGGUUGCAUGAGAAUUACGCAAGAUACUUCAAUCAGCCAAGUACUCAUUAUUCGUGUAAAAAUAAACGUUUCGUAAAUAAAUCUUCGAAAUAAUAUCAA